UGUGACUAACUCCUGCCUCCUGUGUGUGGUCUGCAGAUAAAUCCUGACAGGCUGCAGGGUGUCCCUCAGGUCUCAGGUCUCAGACUGAACUCAACAGCCUCUCCUCUGAUUCUCUUUGUACUUUUUUUUUUUUAAAUUAAAAAUGUCUGUUUUCAUCACGCUGCCCGCUCAGAGUCUGCAGGAGGAUCUGACCAACGGCAGGGAGAGGAACACCACCUCCCCUCAGGACUGGACUCAGGUGUACGAGGCCGUCAGGUGGAUCCAGCUGCUCAUGGCUCUGCUCAGUGUGUUGGGGUCAGGCUCCAUCAUCGUCUCUGUCCUGAGACUCAGACGUAAACCUGAGCUGCAGCCUCUCUUCCUGCUCAGUUUGUCCGACCUGCUGCUCGCUCUCUGCUGGCUGAUCGGAGCUGCUCUCUUCUCUCAACGCUGCAGUCGCCUGAACAGACACUGUUACCACCUGCACACUGUGGAGCAGGUCCUCUACAUGGCCUCCUUCUUCUACACACUGAACUUUGUGUGGAACCUGUACACGGGGAUCAGAGAGAAGCUCUACAGCUGCCUCAGUGGAUACUCCGUGCAGUUUUCUAACAGAGUGAGCACCGCCAACAAAUUCACUGCGCUGUUCUCAGGAAUGUUUCCCGUUAUGCUGAUGAUGCCUGUAUCUAUACUGGAGAACAUCAGCCAAUGUCAGGCCAACUUCAGCCAGCCCUACAGGUGUCUGCUGCUGCACACUGGAGCGCUGUAUUACACCCCAGAGGAGUAUCAGCCAAUCAGAGUCUGCAGACUGCUGCACAUUUAUCGCAUCUCCAUCUUCCUCGCCACCUUCCUCAUCACGCUGCUCGGCAUCAUCGUGCUCGUGGUGAAAGCCCGCCAUAUUUACAGGCGGGUUGUGACAUCAAACGGUUACCUAGGCAACCAGCAGCGGGCGUCAUUCCGUGUGAUGGACGGCUGUAUGAUCCUGUACCCGCUGAUCUUCGUCCUCUGUUGGGGUCCAGCGGUGGCUCUGGCGUUUCUACAGCUGGUGAAGCCGUCAGCGGGUCGGGGCGAGGCCGGGGUCGUCCUCUACAUCUCACAGGCUGUGACCUCGGCCUCUCAGGGUUUCCUCAACAGUCUGGUGUACGGCUGGACUCGAGCUCCUCUCUGCAGAGCCCGCAGGAGGGUUUUAUCUCGAGACGUGGACACUCAGACGCCGCUGCUGAGGGCGCAGAAGAAGAAGAGGAGGAGCUACCAGACGCUCCACACCGUGGGCUGAAGGAGACAGACUUGAAAGUGAAAGUGAGCCGGUGUGUUUUCUGUUUUUUCUGCAUCAAAGACUCAGAGAGAAGUCUGAACUUUCACCCUCACCCAGCGGGGGAAACACCCGAGCAGGUCU